CUGCAUUACUCCAGCCUGCUGCUCGCUGCUCCCCGGCCCCCAUCACAAAGCCACCCGGUCACUUUAGGCCUCCCCAAGGCCACCCCCCUGCACCAGGGGUGUGAGCGGGGCCCUGCUGAGCAGCUCCCACCAGGGGACCCCAUCGCACGGCUGCAGCCCUGGGGCCCCCAUUCCCUUCCGCACCCCGACGCCGAGGUCACCGCGCUGGGAAGCAGCUGCCCAAGCCCUUCCCGGUGGCACAGGCGAAGGUGGGUGGGGGGCUCCAUGCUGGAGCUUAGGGGGAUUUGAAAUGGCUUGGUGCUGCCUGGGCUGGCCCCCGUGCCCAUUUGGGGCAGGGGGAGCAGGGUCCCUUGCACCCCAGCGGGUUUUCUCCUGCAGGAAGAGCCGCGGCCAGUAACACGGCACCCAGCAGCCCUCCUACCUCUGGAGCUGGGGACUGCUGGGGGUGCAGGGAGCUGGGGAGGGGCUGGGGGCUGCAACAUCCCGGUGAGUCCCCUCCUGCCCUUCCUGGAGCCACACCUCUGCCAGGAGCUGUUCGACUACACCCUGGAGCUGCUGCUGUGGAGGGGAGAUGUCGUCCGGGUCCCCUACAAGGUGAGGCGAUGCCGGCCUGGGACACAGCAUCCCGUGAGCCUGGCCACGGCGGCUUUUGGGCCUUGGGCACCUCCAAGCCGUACGGAGGGUGCCAGGUGGGUGGCAGCAGCGGGGCUGGUUGUGCCGUGGGGCAGGAGGAGCCCCCACGGGGUGCCAGGGAUGUGGCAUGGACCAGCACCGCGGUGCUCAGCACUUCGACUUCCUUCCCCGCGCGGAGCCGAUUUCCUCCAGCGUCACGUGCGCGGCGCGGGGCUGGGGCGGCCGGGGGGGAGCCUGGCACGGCGCUGAGCAUCACGGCCUGGGGGGCAGCCCCAUGCCGGCAGCCUGAGCCAGCGAGGGACCGGCCUGGCCGCCAGCAGGAGCACACGGCGAGGAUGGAGCCGGCCAAGCCGCCCCCCAGCAAGAGGAUGGCUCCCGCGCCCCCCGUCCCUGCCAAAACCAAGCCGGCCCUGGGGCUGCCGAGCAAGCCCAGCGGCCCCCAGCCUGGCACCUCGGCCGAAAUGGAGCGGGACAGAGCUGGAGACCCAGACACCGAUGGCUUCAGUGCCCUGCAGGUGACCACGGCCAAGCUGAGCCACCCCACAGCCACGCGCCCCCGGGUGCCGGGCCGGCGGCCGCCCAGUAUGGCCGGGGGGGGCUUGGGGCCACCCUGCGCCGAGCUCUGCCCCCAUCUCCCAGCCACGGGGCAGGGCCCGGAGCAGCGGCUGGCCCUGGAGGACCUGAAGGCCGAGGUCCGGUCCCUGCACAUCCUCGUGGACCUGAUGCGAGGCCAGCACCUGAGGGACCUGGAGGACGUGAGGCUGGAGCUGCAGCACGAGCGGACCAAGCGCGAGGCGCUGCAGGUGGAGAUCGAGCGGGUGAGGAAGGCGCUGCCCUGCUAGCGGGGGGGGCUGCAGGGGGUGCACAGGCACCCCCAAAGCAUCCCCAGCCCCAGGAGCACCCCCAGCCCUGGCCUGGGGCUGUGCCGAUCUGGACACGAGGGAUCCCUGCACCUGGGCACCGCCUGCUGCAGCUCUGAGGCCACGAAGCAGACCCUGCUUUGUUAUAAAUACUGGUUAAAAUAAUAAACUAUUUUGGGUAUGGA